AUGAAACAUUUUGGGCUCCGCACAACUAAUGUUCUGAUUGGCCACAAUUUACCUGCGAGCUUCAAGUCGAGAAUUCGUCUUCGUCCUGCACCGGCGAAACUUCAAGGUCAACUAUUGCACUCUGUACACCAACUACUUCUUGACCUGAGCACGUCUUCGGCUGGUUCGCGCCCGCUGCUCAAGGGCAAGAUGGAGUCGUUACCGUCGUUGCAGAGAUGUUUUGCACUUUCUCGACCUACGCAACGGAUAUUUUCCACCUCCACGUCCAUCCGAAGCAUGCGACGACGACAACAACAACAACAACCACAACAGCUCCCAUGCUCCUCAUCGUCACGAGCGACGAGAACCUUGACCACCUCGUCGAUACGCCUCGGUGAUCGACAACAAAACCGACAAUCUUCUCCGCCCCAACCCGAACAAUCGUCCAACGUGUCCAAGACCUGGAAACAAAUGAUGGAAUCCAUGAAACCCAUGCAACCGACCACCACAACCACUUCGAGGGAGGGGCCUGGCGGCGCGAGCACCGCCACCGGCAACAUGAGCGCCUUCCGUGGCCAAAAGUCCCAGUCGCGCCUCCUCGCCGGCCUGAACGAGAGCAUCGCCCGGCACGCCCUCGACCAGGACGCCAUGGCGCGGGAGCUCGCCAUGGCGGGGACCUCGUCCAUCGCCCUCCGCCUCAAACCGUCCCUCGGACGCACGGUCGACGGCGUUUACGGCGAACCGGCGCGGGCGUUCCGUGCGCUCGAACGUAAAUGUUCCGAGAACAAGGUGAAGAGCGACUCGAUGGCACAAAAGAGGCACGUGCGACGGGGCCAGAGGAGAAAGGACAUGCGCAUGCUGAGGUGGAGAAGGUUGUUCAGGGAAGGCUUCAUCGCCGAAUGUGGCAAGAUCAGGAGGAUGAGGAAGCAAGGGUGGUAGGGAGGGCGGACCGUUUCCCGCGGCCCUUCGUUCGAUAGGUACCCGGGGAGGGGGAGGAAAGAUACCUCUCCGUGGUCACAUACACAGCGAGAACAAGUGCAAGAGAGAAUGUAAAAAUAUGACUGUGUACAUUGCACACAUUGUACGGAAACGCUUUUUUAGAUUCAGGUAGGUAGAAAAAUCUUCAUAUCGGUCCAUGGCGGAUGAUGAGAACGUCGAAAGCUUUCCCAAGUUCGCCGGCGUCUACUUGAGACUCUAUACACUCUGC